AUGUACAAGUACAAGUGGGGCAUUUACAAGAUGAAAAGGCCAACGUUGAUGCUUCGCGUUCCGGAUCUCAUAACUAAGGUACUCAUCAAGGAUUUCUCGCAUUUCACCGACCGCGGUAUGGCUGUGGACAUCGACGCUACUCCUCUGUCAAACCAUGUGUUCGCGACGAAAGAACAGAAAUGGAAAAUCAUGAGAAGCAAAUUGAGCCCAAUUUUCACAUCUUCCCAGCUGAAAAACAUGCAUGAUCAGAUAAAAGAAUGUAUUGACCAAUUGAUGAAAAAUUUGGCAAUGAACUUAAUUCAAUCGGACGUGUUAGAAGUGCGCGACAUCAUGGGCGAUUAUUCCACGGUCGUAAUCGGUACUUGCGCUUUCGGUCUGCAGUUGAACGCCAUCGUUGAUAAAGACUCACCUUUCCGGAAAGCCGGACAUGCCGUGUUCGCGUCGACAUACAGAUUUGUCAUUGGAGAUAUACUCACGUAUAUUUCACCGUCACUUAGGAAAAUGUUGAAAAUUAGCGACUUUCCUCCAGCGGCGUCAGACUUUUUCAAAUCUUCGUUUAACCAAACGAUGGACUACCGAACAAAAAACAAUAUCGUGAGAAACGACCUAGUGCAGGCUUUGAUGCAGGCUAGACAAGAUUUAAUCGUCAACAAACUGACACCAUCAGUGAACAACAGAGAAACGGAUAUAGCAGCAAACGCUUUUCUCAUGUUUCUUGCUGGGUUUGAAGCGGUUUCAACUACCAUGAGCUACUGUUUAUAUGAGCUAACUCUGAAAAAACACAUUCAAGACCGCGUUCGGGAUGAAAUUUUGACCGCAAAAUCUAAAUAUAACGGCGAGUUCAAUAACGAGUUCUUAACAGAACUUACAUAUUUCGAAAUAAUCAUAUCAGAAACUCUACGUAUGUAUCCACCUUUAUCAGUAAUUGGCAGAGAAGCUACAGAGUCCUACAAAGUUCCUGGAGAAGAUUUGGUCAUAGAAAAGGGUACGAAAAUUGCUAUACCGGCAUACAGUCUACACAUGGAUCCAAUGUAUUACCCGGAUCCGAUUACCUUCAAUCCGGAACGUUUUACACCCGAAGAAAAAGCCAAAAGGCCAAGUGGUGUUUACAUGCCUUUCGGAGAAGGGCCCCGUAUAUGCUUAGGAAAGCGUUUUGGCGAAAUGGAGAUGAAAUUGGCACUUUCUAAAUUAUUAAUAAAGUACCAAGUAGAGCCUUGUGAAAAAACUGAUAUUCCCAUAAAACCAAAGAAGCUGUCUUUUAAUACUAUUCCCGAAAACGGAAUAUGGUUGAGAUUUAAGCGUAUCGAAUCUUAG